UCCAUUGCAGUCCCUCUCUCUCUCUCUCUUGCUCUCUUUUUUUCCAUCUGUCUGAGCCUGUGAUCAGGUCUGUCUGUCUUUUCUUUUGUUUUCCUCCGUUUUUUUCUUUCCUUUUCAUUCCAACAUGUUCCAUAACCCGUGGAUUACGAACUAUCUUAACCAUGUCACGCAGUGUGGUCAAGGCUUUGUCAGUGAAGCUUCUGCUAAAAUCUACAGCCCUGCACUGCUACAGAAAAGAGCAGUAAGCUUUGGUGUGGAUGACCGGAAUUCACUGGUUAGGAGUACUACAGAUAUUGAUGCAAACAUCCUUGCUGUGCUUCCCAAAGUUUCAGAACUAAGGAAGCAGUUUGAAACCAGUAUCAGAAGUGGUCCAGAAAUGAACAGGAAAGAGAGAAUAGCACGAAGGUUGGAGGGAAUUGAGACGGAUGUUCCAGCUGCUCUUAAUACAAGCAUGCAACACACAGCCGGCCUGGUGACCAAUCGGCUACUGGAGGAAGAUACACCACGCUACACACGUGCCUCAGAUCCCAGCGAUCAAGGCAUUGUAGUGCGGCGCUACAGUCGUGAAGAGAUAGAAGCUCCAGAGCGGCAAUCUAGAGCUCGGACACGUCCAGAUCCACAGCCGUCUACCCAUCCCGCCCCAGCCAACCCUACCCCACCGGGGUCUGAUGCUACAGGGUCUAAAGCUGAGCGUAUCGCACGCUACAAAGCUGAACGACGGCGACAAUUAUCAGAGCGUUAUGGAAUCCUUCUUGACCAAGAGGUGGAUCUGGAUUACGCACCACGUUAUACACGUGCACGGAGAGAGUCUGACCUGUCAGAGAGAGGGGCUCCACCUGACAGGGGACGUGGGGAGAGUAGGACAAGGGGCGGGGCAUUGCAAGAUCAAGAAGAGGGGCGGGACCGAAGCAGCAGCAGGUCGAAAUACAGCAGUUCCGGAAUGGGUAGGGUCUUCAUGUCAUCUGACCCCGCCCCCAAUCCAGCUCCGCCUCUAUCAGGCAUUGAUGCUGAGCGAGAGAGAGAGAGGGCAAUGAACUUGGAAAACUAUAGACGGGCCCCUGACCGAAGUUCAAAGCCACACCCACAGGAAACCCCCAUGGAAACUUCAGCAGCCCAACCAACGAGAGGGGUAGCUGUUAUAACUGUGGCGAGUUCUCCUAGGACAGCACGCAGAGCUUCGUUACCCACAACAAAAUAUGGCAUCUCUCCUGGAGAUCUGUUCAUCGAGCAGCAAGCUCAAAAUAUUCUCAAUAGACAGGGAAUAAGAGUAAGAGAGAGACAGACAAGGGAGGAUAUAUCAGGAAGAGGUUCUGAUUCAGGACCAGAUACACCCUCUGUCAGGCGUCAUCCAACAGUUGCCCCUCCAUAUUUGGCUCCACGACCUCAAUCUGCAAAUCAGCCAAGAACACGGAGCACCGAACCCCCAGUUCAACAACCAAGUCAAGGAAUGGAUGCCCGUCAACAAAGGGCACAUAGUGCAGAGCGGCCACGAUUCCAGCGCACUCACAGUAUGGAUUCACCUGCCUUUCAACAUACACCUUCAGGUGAUAUGACAAAUCAUCCUUCAAAAUAUGAACAAAUUCCUAGUGUACACCCUAGCACCAUGGGUCAUCAACCUGGGUUCGGACAAAUUAAGCACCUCUUACCAAAGCGAGGAGGUCAAGAUGCUCAACAAUCAUCACAAAUGCACAGACCUUCCCAACAACCUCACCCAGCAUAUAAAGACCUCCAGCAGCCAUUACCUGGUCGUAGAGAUGCCCCACCACCUGUACAAAAAUAUCGGGCUAUCCUUCAACCUGUUCCUUUAGAUCAGGACACUCGACAACCCAUUCAACCUCAAGUACCUACUCAGAAGCCCCUACAUGAACGUGAACAUGUCUUGCAUUCACGUUUUUCGCAUGGACAUUAUGGUCAUAAUCAACCAUUGCAGUAUGGUCCAGUCCAGACACUACCUCCAGCCUAUGGACAAACUGUCCACUCUGUUCCUUCUCAUUCAUCUAGCCAUCUACCCCCACCAAAUUCUCAUGUACCUCACCUUGCACCUGAAUUUACACUUGACAGAUCUGAGACACUGGAUCCCAAAGGCCACAUGUCUGCAUCUAGUUUGACAUCUGCUGGCAAAGAGGUUAAAGAAAAUACACUUAGAACCAGCGCUGAUCACAUUCAGCCAAUUCAAAGAGAGGGACGAUCAGCAACCAGAACUGAUCCACCAUCUGAAGGGCUGCUUAAAAGCAGAAAGGCUGUACUACCUUCAGAGAUACGACGCAGACAAAAAAGUGUGGAUGAUCCAAUGCGUGGUCAAAGUGAUGAAGGUUUGGAAAGUCAGAGAAUCAGAAGGGUUAGCCAUUCAUAUGAGACAGAGGAGAAAAGUGGAAGAAUGUUGCACCAGUUGCAAGGGAGGGAAGGGUCUGUUGGAAUUGGAAUUACUCGGAUGGAGGAAGGCGGAACGAUAACAGGUGAAAUGGUAAUUGGUAUUCUAAAAGACAGAGGAUGUGAUGACCGAAGAACAAGUCAGCUUGAGAAAAGAGAAAUAGAUAAUAGCACAACAAAGAUGUGGAUAGGUGAAGAAGUAGAACGCGGAGUAAGGAAGAUUGGUCCAAGAGAAGAAAUCAAGCAAGUCGGUGGUAUUAAAAGGGAGGAGGGGAGCACUAAUUGGAAUACUAACAGGCUAGGAGAGCUAGAACAAGUAAGUGUGAAGAAGGUUAAUGAAUUUAAAGAAAGAGAAUGGGAAGUUGAUCGAAAAAAAGGCCAAGUUAUGCAUUCUGUUGAACCACAGGGUGUUAAAAAGAUCAGUCAGGAGGUACAGGAAAAUGAAGGUCAGAAGUUCCUACAAAAGGAUGUGGAAGUAAGUCAUGGUAGAAGACGACAGAUCAAUCCAUCAGAGAAUGAGGAAGGGCAUAUUAGACGAAGAAGGAUAAGCCAAUCCGAAGAUGAUUGGGAGGGACGUAGGGUACGUAAAAUUGGCCAGCUGGAUGAACGGGAAGUGCAAGUAGCACAGGAUCAAGUUGAGGCUCUUGAGAAAGGAAAACAAAGGUUGAAUAUACCUAAAGAAAUGGACACUGCUCCCACACAGGUACAGCCAAGCAAUGAACAGCAUUUUGCACAUCAUAGGUUGGGGGAAUCAGGAGGUUACUUACAGAAAGGUUCCUCCCUCCCACAAGCUCAACAUCGAGUGAGUCAGGAUGCGGGUGACCUCAGGCCAAAGGUACGAAUUCGCUCCAUGUCAGAUAUAGGAGUAACUCAACGAUCUGCUGCAUUACGAAGUCUGGAGCGUGCUGCCAGUCGAGAGUCUGUCAUGUUGAUGAAUGCUGGGCCUCAUAAUCGAGAUCUAGGUGGAGUGGCCAAUGGUGAAAUGGGCACAUUGGACACAAGAGUUUCUGUGGCAAAGCUGAGACAUUCCUACUUGGAGAAUGCUUCUGGACGCAGACCUGAGUUGGAGUCUAAAGGAGACCAGAUUCCUGUAGAGCCUGAUCCAGUGGUCAGCCCUGACCGGGACAGAGGAGCGCGUCGGCCUAGACGUUACAUUUCUCCUAGUGAUGACAGGAAAUCAUCUGAGAGGUUUAGAACCCAGCCAAUUACAUCAGCCGAAAGAUUGGAGUCUGAUAGGUCACGUCUUAGUCCAGAGCUUCAACAUGUAAACUUGGAUGAGGAAAAAAUGGAUGAACGUGCCAAAAUGAGCGUGGCCGCCAAGAGGUCUCUCUUCAGGGAGCUGGAGAAGACUUCAGAUGGAACGGUACCCAAACCUCGGUCACGUAAUGCUGCUGUUGAGCGAAGACUCAGACGAGCACAGGACCGUUCACGGACACAACCAGUUACAACUGAGGAAGUUGUCAUCGCUGUUACUCUGCAGGCAUCAUCAGCGCAGGAAUCAGCCCAUCAAGAGCAGGAGAAAGAAGAUGUUUCGAAAGGGGCAAGUCCUGGAGAAAAGGGGGUGGGUCCUGAUGAGCCAGACCUAUCAGCACUGAGCCUAGCUGAGAAGAUGGCGUUAUUUAAUCGAUUGUCACAACCCACUGAACAAUCAGCAAAUGGGCCCCUUCCUGACACACGCCAGCGCAGGGCCAACACCCGCUUUCAGACCCAGCCAAUCACGCAGGACGAGGUCGAUCAGGAACUUGCGAAAGACAUAGAUCCAUCCAGUCUCACAGGUCGACCCGCUGUGAUUAAUGAUUCUGUGGUCUCAAGGCGAGCAACUGCAAAAUGGGAGCAUGAAGUGGAGCCUCUCUCCGCAUCACUGGUCCGCUCUGCCGCCGUCACCGCCCAGGCCUCCGUUGCCACGCUAGCAUCCGCUUCCCCAUCAAUGACCCGAUCCUCGCCCAAUCAGACAGCACCUGCUCCGCUCCCGGCCUAUGAGAGAGGAGUUCGCUACUUCAGUCUACAGAGAGUGGGGAAAAUCCCACAACCUGAUGUCCAGUCUCUGCCCCCAGCAGAGCCAGUCAGCCAACCGGCAUACAGCAAGGGCGGGGCUGCACCGAUUCCCAAUGUCCCAGAUCCCAGUGUCCCUGUGAGGGCUUUGAGCAGCACUGCAGCCUCCUCCAGAAGUUCAUCACAAACCACACACUCGCGAUCUCACCUCCAGUCAUAUACCCUCCACAACCUCAACCCAAACCAGCGCAGCACCCUCAAUCUACACCCGGCCCCAAACACAACCCUACAAGCCACCGACACCACCACAAAUACACCACCCAGACGUGCAUCUAGCGUAUCACGAUCCUCAACGCCAAACCAGAGUUCCACCGCAGACGCAGCCAAAACCACAGCCUUUCCUUUCGCCUCAAAAAGCGGAGAGGAAGAUUGGAAAAACAGGAUCAAUAAGAAACAAGAAGUUACAGGAGUAGCAUCUGUAAGUGAGAAGAGCGGGCCGAUAUGGGAGGAGCAAGGCUUUAAGAAAAAGGAUGAGACUUUUACCCGUGAGUUCAAGUCAUCUGAGCAGCUCUGGGAGCCUGUCUUUUCUUCCACCUAUUCUCCUUCCUCUUCCAUCCACCCCAAAAUGUGCCAAAAUGUAGAGCAUCAUGGUCAGAAACUUGAAGAGGGCGAGGGUCAGAUGUCCAUUGAAGAGAGGAAGCAGAUGAUCUCCACCCGAGAGGAGGCGUGGCAGUGCACAGGAAAGGGCGUGGCCAAUGACUCCGCCCAGUACACUGUGGCUGCCAGGAUGGUGAAAAAGGGUCUGGCUGCGUCCUCUGCAGUGAUCAGCCCAAUUCUGUCCCCGGUCUCUGCUAAAUUAAAGAGCAGUUUGCCAGCCAUCUCUAAACCACAGGAAGAAAUCGAGGCCAGGGCAGAAAUGGAGGCUGAUAAAAAGCUGGAAAAGCUGGAGACCUUUUUAGGACGCUUGAACAGCAAAGUGUCAGGUUUGCAGGAGACAACUUUGACGGUCACUGAAAAAGCUGUAAAAGAAGUGAUGCGAUUGGACGAUGAGAUCUUUUCCAAGUUUUACCGCCACAUGACUGAUAUUCCCUGCAGCAUGAGCAGCAGGAUGCAUCUGGAUGAGGACUUUGACGCCAUCUUUGGGAAACAGACAACAAUGUUGACCUCAGCGAUGGUGCAGCACAAGCGGGCUGUUCGUCCCUCUCGAAACGUCCAGGCCUCCAGGAACCCCUUAAAAAUUCUGGCUGCAAGAGACGACAUUCGCCAGGAGUACACAGAGCAGAGGCUGAACGUCGGCCAGCUGGAGAGCAAGAGAAUUAAACAAGAGAAAAUGAGCAAGAGCUCCAGUUUGUCUGAUGCAGCUCUGGCAGGUCUGGCCAGUAAAGAGAGUUACAGCAGUGUGAGUCUGCGCAGCGUCAGCAUCUCAGAGCAGAUGACCAAUAACAGCGCAGCACCAUACAAAAAACUCAUGCUCAUGCAGGUCAAAGGUCGACGACAUGUCCAGACCAGACUAGUGGAGCCACGAGUGUCUUCUCUGAACAGCGGGGACUGUUUUCUUCUGGUUACGCCUGAACAUUGUUUCGUUUGGAUUGGAGAGUUUGCAAAUGUCAUUGAAAGAGCCAAGGCAUCAGAACUGGCCACGUUCAUCCAGCUGAACCAUGAUCUGGGAUGUCGAGCUGCAUUUGUGGAGACCAUUGAGGAAGGAGUAAAUGCACAAAGUCCCGCAGCCGCUGAGUUCUGGAAGAUCAUCGGAGGACCCGCCAGCUACCAAUCGGCCGGGUCUCCAGAUGAGGAUGAGUUGUUUGAGGGUGCCAUUGUGGAGACCAACUGCAUCUUCCGUCUGGUGGACGAUAGACUGCUUCCUGAUGAUGAUUUCUGGGGGAAAGUUCCUCGUAGUACACUUCUGGGCUCUAAAGAGGUGAUAGUGUUUGAUUUCGGGAGUGAAGUGUACGUCUGGCAUGGUAAAGAGGUCACGCUAGCACAGAGGAAGGUGGCAUUUCAGCUGGCCAAACACCUGUGGAACGGAACCUUCGAUUACACCAAUUGUGACAUCAACCCUCUGGACCCAGGAGGACACAACACACUCAUACCACGGAAAGGUCAAGGUCGUCCAGACUGGGCAAUAUUUGGCAGACUGACUGAACAUAAUGAAACAAGUCUAUUUAAAGAGAAGUUCCUGGACUGGAGAGAUCCUUCUAGACUGUCACCUAAAAAUGUCAUUGAACACCCUUUCCAGCAGAAGGUGGAGUGUCCGCCUGUAGACUGUGGCUCUGAGUGCCGGGCGUACAGUGCCUCUCUGAUGCUGCCCGUUUUGCAGUCGCCCAUCAGCACUAUUCUGGACGGUCAGGACGUGGGUCGAGGACACGGGCCGGUGGAGAACGGCUCAGACGACUGCCUGCGCUCACUGGAGAUCAGCACGGUCAGUGUGGACGUCUGGCACAUCCUAGAGUUUGACUACAGUCGAUUGCCCAAGCAGAGCAUCGGUCAGUUUCAUGAGGGAGAUGCAUAUGUGCUCAAGUGGAAGUACAUGGUGAGCGCAGCAGUGGGCAGCAGGCAGAAGCCGGAUCAGCGCAGUGCAGGUCCCGGCAGAGAAAAGUGCUGCUAUUUCUUCUGGCAGGGCAGAAACUCGAGCGUCAGUGAGAAAGGCACGUCUGCACUCAUGACCGUUGAGCUGGAUGAAGAGAGAGGAGCACAGAUGCAGGUGCAGCAGGGGAAAGAGCCGCCCUGUUUCCUGCAGUGCUUUAAUGGAGGAAUGAUUGUGCAUUCUGGGAAGAGAGAAGAGGAGGAGGAGAACAUUCAGAAUGACUGGCGUCUAUACUGUGUGCGUGGAGAGGUGCCUGUAGAGGGCCACCUGCUGGAAGUGGCGUGUCACUGCAGCAGUUUGCGAUCCCGCACCUCCAUGCUCCUGCUCAACAUCAACAAAGCCCUCAUCUACCUGUGGCAUGGGUGCAAAACACAGACACACUCACGGCAUGUGGCUCAAACUGCAGCAGAUAAAAUCAAAGAACAACGACCGCUGGAGGCAGGACUUCACAGUAGCUGUAAUGUGACCAUUCAUGAAUGUGAGGAAGGUGGUGAGCCAGUGGAGUUCUGGGAAGCAUUAGGCAGGAAGGAUCGCAAAGCCUACGAUUGCAUGCUGCAAGACCCCGGCAAGUUUAACUUCACGCCACGUCUGUUCCAGCUCAGUAGUUCUUCGGGUGAGUUUGUAGCACAGGAAUUUUUCAACCCAUCCAGAGCUGCAGAUCUCGUUUGUUCUCUGCCAUUCCUGCAGGAAGAUCUGUAUUCUGCCCCUCAACCAGCUCUGUUUCUGGUGGAUAACUAUCAUGAGGUUUACCUGUGGCAGGGCUGGUGGCCGCAGGACACAGAGAGCACCGGCUCUGCUUGUAUCCGCUGGGACUCAGACAGAAAGUGUGCAAUGGAGACUGUGUUGCAGUACUGCAGAGAGAAGAAUGAGAAGAAACCUCAGAAGUCGUAUCUGAUCCACGCUGGACUGGAGCCUCUGACCUUCACCAACAUGUUCCCCAGCUGGGAGCACAGAGAGGACAUUGCUGAAAUCACAGAGAGGGAGGCAGAGGUGUGUAAUCAGAUCAUUCUGGUGGAGGAUGUUUUGGCUCGUCUCUGUCAGAGCACAUAUCCUCUAGAAACGCUGCAGACUCGCCCUCUUCCUCACGGCGUCGACCCUCUCAAACUGGAGAUGUACCUCACCGAUGAAGACUUUGAGAGAGUGUUAGACAUAAAGCGGGACGAGUUUGACGCUCUGCCCGGAUGGAAGCAAGUGAACCUAAAAAAAGCCAAAGGACUCUUUUAGAAACCUGACAUCCGUCAUUAUGGUGACGAAUUAUCACUGUCCAUUUCCACUAUGGCCUCCAGUUCUGCUCUCGCCUCAACAUUACAUUGAGGUGACUGUGCACUGAGAACAGGGUAAACGGUCAGGUCAAAGGUCACUUUAGGAUCUACAGAUGCACAUGCUGUGGUGUCCGCUUUCGAUGUACUUAUUCAGUCUGUGAAAGUGAUGUCUGUAUGUGUAUGUGUGUGUUUAUGUGUGUGCGUCUCCUCACCACAUUCAUGUAUGACGGUUUAAAGUCUGUGAUCUGUGCGUAAAUCCCUGUAACUUCUAAAACCAACAUGAUCAGGUACAUGAAGUCAAUCGAUUCGCUCCGCUUCCCAUUCUGGCAGAUCUGCGAUGGGUUUGUUAUUACUGUGUGUGUGUUUGUAUGGUAAGUCUGCUGAAUAAUUGGAAAUUGUAUAAACUUUGUAGCAAACGGCAGCAAAUCAUGUUGCUGUUGUAUACGUAUGUUAGAUUAUUCUUUUGUGAUUCAUCAUGAGGGGUUUACAUGCUGCGUCUGUGUGUUUUUCUGGUGUGAAUGGCUGUUGGUUGUGGUGCUGAUGGUCUCUUGUUCUUCAGGUCUUUUUGUUUGUGUUUUGACGGCAUGAAAUGAUGAACGAGAGAAAUUAAUUUAAAUGUACAGUAUAGUGCCUUGCUUUUGUGUACAGUUUCUAUACCAAACACACACUAGUCUGCAUUUCAGAGACUUUCUUUGUGAUAAAAGACAUAGCGAAUAAAGAAAGCAAAUUGAAAAAUCUAA